AAGAUAACAGGACAGCUGAUGUCUGAUCCGAAUGUGUUGGCAGCCUUUGGUAGGAAAUUAGACAGCAUGGCUGGCCAGAGAUCUGGAUACAUAGAAACCUUACCUAAGUCAAUGAAGAGACGAUUAAGAGCUCUGAAAAAGCUGCAGUUGGAAGUUUUCAAUGUGGAGGCUAAAUUUUAUGAAGAAGUUCACUUGCUAGAGCAUAAAUAUGCUGAUUUGUACAAACCACUUCUUCAAAAGAGACGUGACAUCAUAUCGGCUGUCAAAGAACCGACAGAUUCAGACUGCGACUACCAGAGUGACAACGAUGAAGAGGAGGAAGAUGAGGCUUGUAAAGAUGGAGAAGGUGACAAGCAACAAUCAAAAGACUACGAGAAUACUAAGGGUAUUCCCGAAUUCUGGCUAACGAUUUUCAAAAACGUUGAAAUUCUAUCGAACCUCGUACAGGAGCAGGAUGAAGAGCCGUUGAAGAAGUUGCAGGACAUAAGGGUCAUCUUCUCAGAUCAAGUGGAGGAAAUGUACUUUGAGCUGCACUUUGAUUUCGACGAGAAUGACUACUUUGAAGAUAAGACAUUGGUCAAGAGGUAUUACACCAGAAGUUCUCCAGACCCUUCUGCACCUAUGACCUACGAUGGGCCUGAAAUUGUCAAGUGCACUGGAUGUAAAAUAAACUGGAAGAAAGACAAAAACCUAACAGAGAAGUCAAUCAAACAGAAGGUCAAGGGUAAGGGAGGAGCCAAGAAGGUCGUCAACAAAACUGUGAAACAGAAGUCAUUCUUCAACUUCUUCAGUCCCCCGGAUCCACCAGGUUUGUCUACUCAUGUAAAUGAUGAAAAGGAGGCCAUAUUGUUAGCCGACUUUGAGGUAGGCCAACUUCUUCAGAGCAGCUUAGUACCAAAAGCUGUCCUGUAUUUCACAGGAGAGGCACUCGAUGAUGAUAUAUACGAUGAAGAUGAGGAUGGC